ACGCUCUCCGCCUGCGGAUAACCGCACACCGCACACCCCUCAUCCACUGGCACAGCAAACUAACCCUUGAAAAGAGAGGGGAUAUCGCUUUCCUUGUACGUCCCCAGCAACACCGUCUUCUAGGGCUCUCGGACGUAGCGGUUCCUGCUUCGUAGCGUGGCACACGGAUCUAUCUGUCCGGGAAACAAGAACAGAAUUACACGGAGAUAACACAUACGCCAUCGAAUCAUGAGGAUUGCUUUCUCGACGCUGGUGUUGGUGGCUCUGCUGGCCGGGGCUGCUGCUCAAAGCCCCAUCGUGGGCACCACUACGACGUCUGCGACCCUCCCCGAUGACGACUACCGGUACAGCACGUUCACUGACAUCAGCGCACCGCCCGACACUCCUUCACCGGUGAUCCCCGACGAGAACACGCAAAGGCCACGCACCGCGGACGAAACCUCUCCGCCUAUGGGGGAAUCGACGACGCUCCCGCCCAUGUCCGAGACUGCUGAACCCUCCAUGGGGGGCACCCAGAUUGCUCUUUCCGAGACCCCGUCCCCUUCAGCGGCCGCCACCCCCGGCGUCACCCCCGGCGUCACCCCCGGCGCCACCACCGACGGCACCCUAGCGCCCUCUCCGGCCGCCACGGACGCCACCGACAACUUGGACGAGACCCCGGUGCCGUCGUUCUCCGAGGAAGGCGUUACGGACGGGGACGACGAAGACACGGCGGACGGGGACGACGCCGAUGUGGAUGCUGAGGCCGCUGGGGCGGCUUCGAUCAUGGCGAGGAAGGGCGGCGGCGUCGGCGUCGGCGUCGGCGGCGUUGUUGUUGCGGCUGCCGCGUGGGGAGGGGCGUUGGCGGUCGGGGCCCUCGGCGCUUCCGCGCUCGGGCUGUUGUGAUCUCUGGUCUGAUACGGGGAGCGGUGAGGGUGUUGAAUAGGAGGGACUUGCACCGAGUUGAGCAUGGUUCUGGCUGGGGGGUGGUUCUCGAGGACGGGCCUUGAGGAGAGGACAAAUCGGCGCACUCGCUUUUUGAGCCGCCUGGAGGGAAAGAUUAUGGCGAGCAACGUUGCUGCCCUACUUCUUGUUGCUGCGGUUUACCAACUGGCGUUAUUAUGCCAGGACGAGACUCUCCCUUCUCGUCUUCGAGGCUGUCGCUGAUAUUCUAUGGACGCGUGGCUGCUGUUUAUUUUUGGCGAGUUGACGGCGUGAACAUCUUGGUGCUUGCAGCCUGCACAGUAGAUAUAUCCAAGAUUCGUGGUGGGUGAUCUCUUCGGUUAGGAGCUCUCUUACGGUCGCGCGAUAUAUUGAUCUUUGGAAGGGGCGGUUGGCUGCUUUUGCUUUGGGCAUAGGCGUGGGGUACGCUUCAGUCGUAUGUUUUGUGAUUUUGUGCAUCUUAGCGCGCAACGCGUGUGAUGGGGUUCAACGCUGGAAUUUGAUCAGGACGUAGGGGUCCCGCUCGGCAUGAAGAGGCAACUCUUGUUAGCUUUUUUGGCUUCUUGCUCGGGGUUUUGGUUGCAAGGAGGGCAUGGUAGUUGUACAUACAUGCGUAGCGGUAGAACAGCCUCCUGUAGUAGGAAAGCGGGGACGUCUAACUCGCUCUAUCGUUGUUGGAGGGAGGCGUUUGCCGUUUCAUGUACGGUGGUGUAGGCGUCACCUCAUAUAGGUGUAGUUGUGGCUGUAGUAGUAGCACGGUAUCGGCCCACCUGCUGUGCCGUGCACCUCAUGAGACCUGCAUCUUCCGGAGAAGUUGGCAUUGGCUUGCCACUGAUGUUGCCGUGUCGGAGUUAAUUUAUCCGGGGAUGUUAAAAUGACGUGGGAUAAGGCUUUGCGCUGUAAGCACGUUUGGUGGAUGUUUAUUUUGUAGAAUAUGCACCCCUUUUGGUUGCGACAAGCGGCGUCUUUUCACCGCAAGACCCGAAUCUUUCCGCACUAUCUAUUGCCGGUCGGGGCAGGUUAGUACUUCAUUCUGUUUCAUGUUUGUCGCUGUGAAGGUGCGCAUGUGUGCGCGUGUGUUGCUUGUGUGGGGAGGGUUGACACGCACCAUGUUGAAGUGGCCUUGCCUCUCUGUUGUUGCCGUAACCGGUCUUGUGUUGGGUUCGUGAACAUUAGUUGCCCAUGGAAGGAAGGCCAUACCAAAUGGCACAGUGAGUAGUUUGUCACCAUAGUGCCUUCGUGUACGGGCGCACUUACCAGGGCCGCAAGGGAGGAUGCAUUGCCACACAGUGGUGUGAUUUUUUUUUUUUACCUCCGCCUUCUUUCUCGCAUGAUUGGACUGACGUUUGUCGCGAGGAGAAUUCAACUGAUAUUUUCCUGCCGAACGACCCAUGAUUUCCUGCCGAACGACCCAUGAUGAAGUCGAAGAGUGUCAACCACGAAAUCUUUCCUGCUUGUUCUCUCGGACCCCCCGUCGGAUGGCGCAUGGCGUGCGACAGCUCCCAGUUGGUGUGACUGCACCGAGAAUCGAUCUCAUGUCCUAACUUCCCCGUAGGAUUUGAGGUCGCCGAGGGAACCACCAGGUCGACCGGCCCCCAUCGGACGUAAUAUAGUCCAGUUCUGCCCACCACGUGUUGUGUUUCACUGUAGACUUCUCCUGGGUCGGCAGUUGACAUAGAGCAUGGCGUCGUGGGGGCGUUUGGGGCAAGGCGUCGAAGGCCUGCUUUGGUUGCAUCCCGUGCGCCUGAGCUCUGGAAGGGGCAAAAUGCUACAAGCUGGGCCAGUCAAAAAAAAAAACACGAAAAGCUCACUUUCGUCCGUUCGAGUCUCGUUCUGUCGUUUCCACGAAAUUGGGCUUGAAAUUUUUUGGCUGCUCUCAUGAGACAGUAUCGGAAGCGCAGGUACCAGAGUUGUUCGAAUCUGAGUUGAUUAAGGUACUAAACCAUCAGUCGGCGUAGGGGGAUACGUCCGGUACUAUAGGUAGGGAUGGGUUUUUCCCUCCGUGACCUGUAUUGCGUGCUCUGUGCGUUCGAAACGCGGCAGAUCAACCAAUUUGAUGCAUGAAUGUGUUAUUCCAGUCAGUAGACGACUCGAGAAAAAAACUCACGGCGAAAUGAGUUGUCUACGUAAAAUGGUGCUUGGUCAAAUACGGGUACUUCUUCCUGAUUUAGCAUGCCGCUAACGGUAAGAAUUCACGCCGAACACCGCCAAACUGUAUCCACCAUUGAGGAAUACUCAUUCAUCCCCACGACACAACCUUUGGAAGGGACCUUCAAACAUGAGAGAGAAACAUAUUCAGAACAAAAAAAUUAAAGCCACCCCGGGGACAGAACGACCGCGUCCCCGGGUUUUCGGUCUAAACCCGUGCAUCCCUCCCCCCCCCGGUACUGGAACGCACGAACGUCAUCAUCAAAUAGGGUACGAACCACACGACGUCCUACAGGGUAUGGUUCGACUGUACGCACAAUUCCACGCCAAUUGGAGCACACCUGAUGAUAUAUGAAAGGUCAAGUAAGGAUACUUUUCCCCUGAUUUUAGGCUUGCCGCUACGGUAAGAAUUAACGACGAAAACAAUUGUAGUUUCAAAAUACCUUUGCACCCCCGCGACCAGUGCUUCUGAGGGAACCUGUAAGCAUGUGAAAAACAUCUAUCGCAAGAACACACACACACACACAGGUCACCCGGGGAC